AUGAUUGAUGAGACCUACAUCUCCGCCACUGGCAACCUGCUGCUCUUGGUAUGCGGCACAGCUCUCACCUGGUCAUCACCAGAGCUGCCUAAACUGACCAACCCCGCCACCACGCCGUUCCAAAGAACCAUCAGCCCCACGGAAUCCUCCUGGAUAUCCUCCGUCGUCACCUUGGGCGCCUCCAUAGGACCCUUCCUCUUUGGCUACCUCGCUGACAGAAUCGGGAGGAAAUCCACCUUGAUCUACCUGGGUCUACCUUUCUUGAUAUGCUACCCCCUCCUAGCCAUCAGCACAAGCGUCGAGGCUUUCUUGGUGGCGAGGUUCCUCAUGGGGCUAGCCGUGGGUGGUACCUUCAUAGUAGUGCCCAUAUACAUAGGGGAGAUAUCGGACAAGAACAACCGUGGAGCCAUGUGUUCGACGAUGAGUUGCUUUGCUUGCUUCGGCAUAUUAUUCUCUUGCUGUCUGGGUCCCUACGUAAACGUCACGAUCUUCAACCUAGCACUGGCUGUGUUCCCCGUGGCGUUCCUGGUGUUGUUUUCGUUACUAGCCACGGAGACACCUCAUUUCUUUGUUAGGGAGCAGGAGAACGUCUUGGCCAAGAUAGUCCUGGAGAAGAUCCGUUCUGGUGAUGAAAUCGUCGACAAGGAACUCAAGGAAAUCCAAACCGCAGUGGAGGAAGAAGACCAGGGCACGUUUCUGGACAGCAUAAAGUCUAAGGGGGUGGUUAGGGCCUUCGUGAUAUCCGUUGGACUGUUGAUCUUCCAACAGCUCUCCGGAAUCAACGCUGUGCUGUUCUACGGGCAGCAGAUCUUCCAACAAGCAGGUACUACUUUGCCGGCCGAGAUCUGCACCAUCAUCAUCGUAGGGGUCCAGUUCUUGAGCAGCUUCUUCACGCCGUUGGUCGUGGACAGAUACGGAAGGAAGAUAAUCCUCCUGGGAUCGGCCUUCGGCAUGCUGGCCUCCGAAUUGCCCCUUGGGGUGUACUUUUAUCUUAGAACCCACAACGUUGACGUAAGCCACAUAUCCUUUCUCCCCACACUGACCCUUACGACUUUCAUAAUCGCCUUCAAUUUUGGUUUUGGGCCUUUGCCCUGGGCCCUGCUGUGUGAGCUGUUCCCUUCCAACGUGAAAUCAACAGCUUCAGCGUUGGUGUCUUGCUUCAUAUGGAUCAUGGCCUUCUUUAUGACUAGAUACUUCGAGAUCCUGGUGGAGAUUUUUGGUAUGGACGUUCUCUUCUUGUUCUUCGCGCUGUGUUGCCUUUUGGGCGCCUUGUUCACCGUGUUCUUCGUCGUGGAAACCAAGGGAAGGACUCUGAAGGAGAUCCAGGAUGUGCUCAACAGUUAACAAUCGCUUUAAAUUACAUCCAAAUGGAUGGGGAUGUUUCUGUGGAUUGGUUCCAGAUCCAAUGUUUGAUGUUAGUCUUAGUUCCGUCGCCUUUAAAGAAGACGAAAACAACACAAUAACAUCGAAAUUUGGAGAACUGUUGAAAAUACCGUUUGGCUAAAAUGACGCCGGCAAAAUUCAGGUUAACCUUUAGCGAUGUUUUUUGACUCAGUGAGUACGAAAACGACAUUUGCUCCCUUAAGCCCACUCUUUUGUUUGCACUUUGCAAUUAUAUUUAACAUAAAAUCAUAUAUGAAUAGAAGAAAUACCAUUAUCAACUCCAGGUGAAAUAGUUUUACAUAUUAUCCAUAUUGUAGGGAAAAAUGACGUGUGUAAUAUGUUGUAUGAAGCGUCUGGGUUUGUACUAGGUCGAUGGGGUGUAAGUCUGGCGAACCUGAUGGACACAGCAAAUAAUCACAAACAGUUUUUCAGUUACAAAGGUUUGAAUUAUGUAUGAAUGUGAGACUUAUCAUAUUUUAUUUAUUUUAGUUUAAGAUCCAUGUGAU